UACAAAUUUCGUUCAUCAAAGCCAAUGCCAAAUGCAAAAUUAGAUGAUUUUACGAAAAAUAUGCUGCAUUGGAUUAGUCAAACCCAGAAAUGGGUAACUUUGACCUACAGUAAAUGUAUCGGGUCUUUCAUAUAUGAAGUGAUACUGUGCACUCAUCUUCACAUUAUUUUAGUGUAUUUUAUUUAUCUACCGGUCACUUUUCGUUUCCCUCUCUCCCCGUUUCCUCCCCGCGUUUUCUCUCCCCAUUUCUCUCAUUUUCAUUUCUCCCAAUCACUUCGGCUCUACACUUCGAAUCUUCGCAGCCAUUCGAUUCUUCAACGGCAAGAACAAAGUGGCUCUACACGAUCUUCUUCUCCAAAGGAAGCCGAAUCAUUGGGGGGUUUCUUCUACCGGUUUCAAGUAGAUCAGAUUCGUGCGGAAGGCAUCCGAUUUCAGAUUUUCUUCACCAGUCAGUCCCUUCGGCUCAAGCAACCACACUCAUUCUGGAUGGACAAUCUUUUGGAGGAGGACCCAUUCUUCACCACUCUCUUACAAAGUGGAGGAGAAUGUCCUAUUACCACUCCAACAUUCACACCCCAUUCUAAUACUUUGGUCAGCCCAACUCCCCUUCACGGUGAAAAGAGGCCUCCAACAAAAAAAGUUCAAAGAGGAGCUUCUUUCACUGUUGAGGAGGAUAACGUACUUGUCUCUGGUUGGCUGAACAUUAGUAUUGAUGCCAUCCGGGGAACUGAUCAGAAAUCCACUCAAAUGUGGGAGCGGAUUUCUGAUUUUUACCAUGAAUAUAAGAAACCACAUAAUGUGAAUCGUUCGGUUGGGUCAUUGAUCAAUCGUUGGUCCAUGAUUCAAAAAUGCACAAAUAAGUUUUGUGCAUAUCUAGCACAAGUUGAGUCAUUGCACCCGAGUGGUGCGACCGAGCAAGAUAAGAUUGAAAGAGCAAAGAUAUUGUACAAAGAGAUGGAACGAGGGAACUUCACAUUAGAGCAUUCUUGGAAUCUUUUGAGGCACCAACCCAAAUGGCAUCAACACAUGAGUACGCUGAUUACGAGGAGAAAGCCUGUCGAUAGACAGCCUUCCAAUGAGCAGUCAAGUGAAGUUCUGGGCGAUGUUGUGGAGGAAAUCGUUGAAAGGCCUGCUGGAAAAAAGGCUGAAAAGGAAAGCUUGAAGAAGCGGAAGGCACAAGAACAAUCUGAUGCUGAGUUCAACACGGCAUUAGGAGCAAUGACCGAGGAUAGACGCUUGUUCAUGGCGGAGAGAAGAGAAUGGCAGACGAAGGCUGAUCGCGAUAGAGGUGCACAACUGGAUCUUGAUAAAAGAAAGUUUGAUGCUGAGAUGAUGGGCAAGGAUCUUUCUGGUAUGAAUGCCAUGCAGCAAGCCUACUUCCGUAAAGUUCAGAAAAAAAUUUGGGAAGAGUCAAUGAGUGAUGAAGAUGGUAUAUCCGAAUGACUUUCUGAUUUCCAGCUUGUAGUGGCUGCUUAGCCACAAGACUUCAACAUGAAGCAUGUGGCUGGGCAGCCACUAUGAUAAUGGAUGACUUUCUAUUUUUUUGAAUGGAAAUACAUUGGAAUUUCUGAAUGUUAGUUUAGUUUUUGGACUUGGUUUUGUGGAUAGAAAAUCUGUGAAGUACCCAUUUUUUGGAAGUGUUUGUGGAUCUGUUUGUAUGUGAUGCAACUUGUAAUUGCUGGAAGUAUUUUGGUGAAUGGAGGUUGUAUUCUUAAACUUGUCUGUUGGAUCUGUUUGUGGACAAUAUAUAUGAUAAUGGUGUCAUUUAGUUAGGCUGA